UAUUUUGUUAUUACUGAUUUGAUGUUCAAACCAAGUUCAAUGUGGUUCAAAGUAUAAAAACUUCUUCUAAAGUACUUUAAAGAACAUUCUGUAAUAUAGUUUGCUAUCAGCUACAAUCUACAAUUCACUAUGAUAUUGUCAGUGUCAAAUAAUUCAACAUUAUAAAAGCCAGUAUACUUUGUUAUUUUAUAAUUAAACAUAUUAAUCAUUAUACUAGAAACGACUAAUUAGAUAAGCCACAGAAACCAUAUAUUAUUAUCACUGUGUCACCAGAAGUCUAGAUUUAAAAUUGUUAUUUGAAUAGCAAAAUAAUUAAUGGAUCAUGGAUGCAGGCAAGAAGGGUGCUUCCGACACGUGUUCCGAUCUUUCGUGUGUAUUGCACUGUCGUUGUUGCUGGGCCUACAUGUCUACGCAUAUUUCUGGGGUCCCACACAAGAAACCCUGGACGGAGACUUCACUGACAUCAAAUAUGUUGUUAUGCAGCUCACCAGAGGACUAUCUGAGGUAAACCGCAAGCAUGAGAGGCUGCAGAGUGAGAUGGAGCGUAUCACAUCAGUGCUGCCCGCUGUGGCUGCGGCGGCUGGCCGGGCCAAGGAUGCACUGGUCGACCCUGUGCUGCGACUCCGGAACAGACAGAUGGGAGACGCACCAGAUUUUGAUAGACAGUUAGCAGACUAUGCGCUGGAGUCAGCCGGGGCGCGAGUGUUGGAUACGGGAGACACUGUGGAACACGUCAUAUACGAGUCACCAGUCGGCUGGGCCCUCCACGUACUGACUUCUUGGAUGUGCCGCGAAUGUCUGGGCGCCAGGGCUAUAAUCAGGCCAGGUGUACUGCCAGGAGAGUGUUGGGCAUUCAAGGGCUCCAGGGGAGAGGCCACGAUACGUCUGCUUGGCACCGUGCGAAUAACCGGCAUCAGCAUCGAGCAUAUACCACCUCAUAUUGCACCGACGAGAGAAAUAUCAUCAGCUCCACGUCUCUUUCAAGUCGAAGGUCUAGAGAAACGCUAUGACCCGUACCCUCAUGAUUACGGGAGUUUUGAGUAUGACAAGGAUGGGAAGCCUAUCCAGUACUUUGAGGUGUUGUUCCCGUCGCCUAAGGGGCACAAUCUCGUGAAAAUAAGGAUCCUGACGAACUGGGGUAACUCUGUGUAUACUUGCGUGUAUCGUGUUAGGGUUCAUGGGGAACUUCUGAAUGGUCCACGGAACACCGUUGCCGAUGAUGGAGACAUGAGGAUAGAAAAUGAGUAACCUCUUUUCUUUGCUUGCCAUAAUGACGAUACUUGUAGAUGGUUUUAGGGAUUUUAUUCUUUUCACAUUCCAUUUUGAUGUUUUAAUUAGGAUGCGUCAUUUUUUAUUCUAAUUAUUAUAUUACAUUUUAAAUAAUAUUAAUCAUAGAGACAGCCUUAAUUGUAAUGUCAGUUUACUUAAAUAAUGCAUUCGGACACACGUAUUUUAGGUGUUUAGUUAGACUCUAUCAUGGUGUCAGUUGUAUAAAAUUGAAUUUAAUAUAUUAAGAGUCGAAAU